AAGGUUGUGCGGUUCUUUUCAUCCUACGAGAACGUGCAUCUCUUCGCCUCGUCACCUUUGCUCCAAUUCGAGUACAACCAAAAAUCAAGCAGUCGUCGUUAUCUGAAAAGCAUGGCGGUGCGUGAGCCUGAGCCGUAUGAUCACCUCUUCAAGCUCUUGCUGAUAGGAGACGCGGGCGUGGGGAAAUCAAGCAUUUUGCUGAGAUUUACCGAUGACGCGUUCGACGACCAUCAGCAGUCCACCAUUGGGGUUGAUUUCAAAGUCAAGAUGAUCGAAGUGGAUCACAAGAGAAUCAAGAUGACAAUUUGGGAUACAGCUGGACAAGAACGUUUCCGUACUCUGACAAGCUCGUAUUACCGAGGGGCGCAGGGCAUCAUUCUCGUAUAUGAUGUGAAUCGGCGGGAGUCCUUCGAAAACCUGAAUCACUGGCUUCAGGAGGUGGAGGUUUACAGCACCGGAGGCGGGCGGGAGAUCGUCAAGGUCUUGGUGGGUAACAAGGUCGACAAGGAACGCAUGGUGCCCAGGGAGGAGGCCGAGGCAUGGGCUCGUAGCAAGGGAAUGCUCUUUUUGGAGGCGAGCGCCAAGACACGGACCGGGAUUAGGCAGGUCUUCCUAGAGGUCGUACAGAAGAUAUUGGACAACCCCUCCCUACUCACAAACACCGCCCCCGGACGGCCACGCGUCAAUCUGCAGGCCGAUGCGGCCGCCAAGGGGUCUGGGGGCUACUGCUGCUGAAGAUAGUCGGGAGUAUGCCUUGAGAGUGCGUAAAGGGUGGAGGAUCUCGACUGGACAAGGGGUAGAGGCCGACUAGGAGUGGCAGCAGAGCUACUUCGAAAUCCUCGCGGCCCGUCAAUUUUGUGUUUGUUUUAUACAUAAAUUCGUUUCCAGACCUGCCGUGGCACUUUUCUCCUCCACACCUCCAUUCCCUCGCCAGUCAUAGGCAUCCGUGGCAUCGUCGCCCUUUCCCUAUCGACUAGCUUGACCUCCGUCUCCCCCAACAAAGGAGUCUGACAAGAAAUGUACAGAGAUUACCUGAAGGCCCGAGCUCGCCUGAGACAGUCGGGCUGCUCCGGAUCAAAAAUAAGUAGAUACGAUGGGAUGUGAGGAGCAUGUUGUGUGACAUGAGAAGAGCACAGCAUAGCGAGAGCCGCGCAGACAUGUCAGAUCGAUUCUACCAGUAUUUGAGUGAGACAGAAUCGGUAUACGGAUGUAAAAUGUUGGCAAGAGAUAUGAGGCCCUUAUUUAAUGCGAGAAGGAUAUCGGAAAACCGUCAGAGGAUAAAGUAGUGCAAGCGAGUCCGUUAGACACGGACUGGCCA